AUGGAUUUAUUUCGCAUGGCUUCUUUAAAUCGCAAAAGUGUAAGAGAAAAGUGCCAGAUACCGUCAAGCACAUUUGCAUCCAAUGACGCUGCUGUAAGCACGCCAAGCAUUCUCUUCUGGAGGAUUCCCAGCACUGGAGUUCGAAUACAACGACGACAGCGCAUUAGUAUCAGAAGCUCUCUUCGGGGAUUUGCAGCCUAUUCGAAGAAGAGUUCGGCAAGCCCUGAACAUCCUGUCUCGAUGCUCUUGCUCUCGCUCAUACACAUAUGGGGUGGACAGGAUAUACCGACCCUGAUGCUUCAUCGCGUGGCACAGCCUCAGAAACGCUGGAAUAUACAAGGGGAGAUCGAGGAGGCCGCGUUGGACCAGGAAACCGUCUCCCACUUCUCUCGAGUUUCUGUUGACGCGAAUGGCUCAGGUCUCAAGGUCUCCUUCGCCCGGGGACCCGUGACGGCCAGGAGACAAUCAGUCUCCCACCGAGUCUCUCAAACCCUGCGCAGGCUGCACCUGCGAGUGAUCCAACAUGUUACGGAGUUCGUCGUGGACCUCGUUGAGCGUCGUCUACUAUCAAGCCAACAGCAAUUGGAUUUUGCUGAUGUACUUUUGGAGUCGUCGAAGCUAGCCGACGCUUCUUCCAAGGGGCACGAUUGGAGAUUCAAAGCUGUCGAUAUAGCAGAGAAAAUUCUAGCCUCUCACCCGAAUCACAUAUUGCACAUAUCAGCCAUCAUCCGGAGAAAGGCGUUAUCUCGCCUCAUCACUGGCAAGAUAUACCACGAGCCGGUCCUCUCGGGCAUUCCUCUGACUGCACAAUCAAAUGCCCUUCUUUGGGAUCUGCGCUUAUCCAAAGCGCAAGAUUACGUCGAAGACGAUGACUUCACUGGAGCACAGCAAGAAAUCUCCCACUUCGUCUCGUUUGGCCCAAGCCAGGCUUCAACCCUGGAGAAUCUUUUCCCCCCGGGUGCAGAGCUCCACGACUCUCUAAUCUACCUUCUCGUCGGUGUCAACUGCGAGCUCCGGAAUCCCACAGAAGCAUUACGGCUCGCCGAGGCACCAGCGCGGCAUCCGAAGACGCAGAGCCGGCGGAUGAACGUCUUGCUAGCAGAGGCACACCUCCACGUCGGCAUGGAGGCCUGCCGCCUCUCCAACUCCCGCCCGUCUCCCACCUCCCUCACCGAAGCCAGACUCCUCUGUGAAAAAGAUCGUGCUCGCCCAGCAGGAGCCGAGCGCGGGAUCUCACCCAGCCACAGCCCAAGAAAGAGACCGGGUCGCCCAGGUCGAAAGAGUAGCACCCCUCCGGGUCGCAUCCGUCCUGGCGCGGAUCUCCACGCUCGAAACCAUUUCUUGCAACGGCGAAGAUCACGUGAACCAGGCACGCGAGAAGUGGAUCCAUGUUCUCGAGGCUGUGGAUCGCUGCGCUUGGAGGAAGCCGGGCUACAUGGAAGGGAUCUGCCAUUACUCGAUUGCUGCUCUCGAGAUGCGCUGUGGCCAACUGGACGCAUCACAACGGCAUCUGCAAACUGCUCGUACGCUCCUGGAAGCAUCGGGCUUUCGAAACUUGAUUGUUGGCUUGGGAGCUUUGUGGUUCGGUUUUAUCGGCGAUCAGAUAGCCGGGCAUGGUGGUUGCAGGAUUCAGAUGACGCCGGAUACAAUACGCGGCGCAGGGACUGGUGGAGAUAUUUGAAGAUUCGGGGCUUGUUGAGUGUAGAUAUUUGUCCAUCAGAAAUACGAGGUGCUAAGGACCACAUGGCUCUGGGAGAUUACCACUGUAACAUAGCCCAAUCUAAUCAAAGACCUUUAUCAUGUAACAUUCCGACACGCCUCUCAAGGCAUUGA